AUGUUGGCUUCUCUUUCCGCUGCUGCGCGAAAAGUAGCGUUGAUGGGUGAAGGGCUCACGAUCGGAUCAGUUUCAUUUAGGAGCAGCGGAACUGAGAUGAAUGUCACUAUCGUUAGUGAUGGGCCGCCUCCUCCUGUCGGCUGGUGGUGCUACUCGGGCACUGUUACAGUUGCAGCACACAAUACCCCCUUGGGUGCUUGCGGGGUGAUUAGCACUCUUAAAAAUGCGUGGUCAGUCUGCAGAGUAACACGCGUUGAGCUCACUAGUGACGAUGAGGUCGACGCUGUGGUGCAGCGCCAAAUACUAGACAUACUCGGACUUCUGCAGAACGACGUUGUCUCAUUAUGUCUGGGCAAACUGCACAUGAAGAACGCUGACUUGGCACCUUGCCUAACAUCGCUGAACUCCCUUUCCCUCAAUGGCUGUGAUGGAGAAAUUGAGAAGUGGCUCAGCGCACUUAGCCCAGCAGCGGAGAUAAUUGAAAUAUCUGACUGCUUUUCUUUCUCAGCCGCAACGUUUCAAUGUAUGCUGACGACCGCAGUGCGACGUCUGGUUCUCGACAACACAAAUGUGGCGGCAUCAUGUCUGGAGCACCUGAAAUGCACGCAUUCAGUGCAGACACUGAGCUUGAUGGGCUGCCGCAAGAUCGACGCUCUGCAAGUAAGUGCUUUCCCAGAGUUGCGACGUCUACUGCUAUGCCGCACCCCCAUAGCAAGUGAAUCGAUGGAAGGGAUCGAAAAGUGUCGUCAUCUUCAGAUCGUGAAUCUUGGAGGGUGCCAGGAGAUUGUUGAUGUCAACGUGUUUGGGGCCUUGAAACAGCUUCGCGAGCUUUUCCUGCACGAAACAUCUGUAACGAAUGCUGGUAUUGCAGGGCUUGCCGAUUGCGAGCGACUCGAAAAGCUUAAUUUAGGUGGCUGCAUUCAUGUCUCCAACAUCAACCAUCUCGGGCGCUUGGUAAAUCUUUUGGAGUUGCAUCUUUGGAGUACGAAGGUGACGAAUUCAGGAAUAGAGGGUCUGGCCUCGUGUUGUUCGUUAGUGGAGCUUGUCUUGGACGACUGCGUUCGAAUCACAGAUGUUAUGCCGCUUGGCUGCUUGCAAUCGAUUCGAUGGAUCUCACUAAUUGGCACAGAGGUCGACGCCCGGGGCGUCAAGGGACUGAUUCACUGUCAGAAAUUAGAGACUUUGGCUCUUGGAGGAACGCGAAUCGCUCAUCCACCGAAGCUGUGGAGACACGAGGCGAUUGUAGAAUAUCUUGAAAAUCUUACGUGA